CACAAUCGCACCUUCCAAAUGUCAUUCAUGUACUACACCCACAAGAGAAAAGAUGCUCAAGAAAAGCAUCGACGCCAAAGUUCGCCCUCUCGCCAACGUCAGUCUUGAGAGAGCAAGUCUCCUCGGCGCUGGUCGCAUCUACGUCAGCAAAGAUUCUCUCAUCUCCCUGACUGGCAGCCUCGACAGUGGCCGGCCAUGCAUCGUCGAGAGGCUGCAAACAGAUGACACCUCUGGUGAGGGCUCUGCAACAGGAGAUGCCGAGGCCAGCAAGCGGAGAGAAGCCUCUCUAUGGGUUCUCCCCGACAAGAACGUCAGCCCCAAUGUGGUCAUGAUGACAAGAGCGUUCCAGGAGGCUACAGGUUUCAAGCUGGGAGACAUGGUCAGGAUCACGCUUGCAGAGAACGCCGUAGCUCCGGACGCAGACGAGGUGGUGGUUCAGGAUACAACCAGCGAGGCAGAUCUUCAGAAAGAUGCUGCUGCGAAACCAAGACACCCGCCGUCUUGGGAAUUCUCCAUCAGCAUCUCUCUUGACCGUGCGGAACAGGUGUUUCCAGGCAUGGUCCUCGAGGGUGUCAACAUUAACAAGCUGCGUCGGACGUUCAAAGUCGUGUCAGUCAAUGGACGGUCCGACAACAUGGCCCGCUUCAAGCUCGCCUCGUCAACAGUACGAAUACUCCAGCCCGGAGACAGCAAGGACGCCCCUGAAGAUGAGCAGACAGCUGCAGCCGCAUCUGGACCUUUAGCGGUUACCGGAGUCCCCGGUUUAUCCUCACAAGUCAAUGUCAUCAACCAGUUCCUCAGAGGCUUUGGCCGGCCGUUCUGGAUUAAGAACGAGCGCGAGUCUUGCGGCUUCGUCAUACACGGCGGCCACGGCACGGGCAAGACGUUUAUUCUGCAGCGCAUCGCAGCCACCAACUGGGGGCGGGUUCAUUGGAUCCGGCCUACGGACAAGCUGUCUACCAUCAGGGAGACGUUCAAGCUGGCUCAGUUCCAGCAGCCAAGUCUCCUCUUCAUCGACGGCCUCGAAGAUAUUCUCGCCAAAGAACGCUCCAACCGUGACAGUGUCAUUGAGGCUCUGGGCGAGGAGCUCGACAACCUUUCUGCGGCGGCUGCUGCUGCCAACGCUCUACCCCAGGUUGUGGUCAUCGCCACUUGUCUAGACUACUUGGCCGACGUGCCAGCGAAGCUCCAGAAACGGUCGCGUUUCCGAGAAAACGUCGCCUUGCCAAUUCCUCGCGCAACGGAGCGCCUUGAAAUACUACGCUUUUUUGACCCCCCUAUCCAGGCUAAAGAGAAAGAAGCCUGCCUAGCCAGUCUGGCAUCCAAGACUCACGCAUACAAUGGAGAUGAUCUCGCAAAUCUGGUUCUCAAUGCCAAGAAAAUCCUCGGCAACAGGCUGGACGAUGAGGCUGCCGCCACCAGCGCUGAUAAUAUCGACACCGAGGCCGCUGGAACUGCCUCCUCGGAGACACAGCGGCCUCGAGAACACUACCUCACCUCUCAGGACAUGGAGCAAGCCCUGCGCAUCACUCGUCCCACUGCUAUGCACGACAUCAAUCUGAAGCCACCGACCAUCCAUUGGCGAGAUGUGGGUGGCCAAGAGUCCCUCAAGAAGGUUCUCUCUCGCAUGAUCAAAAACACAAAGGAUACCAAUCCCUCUUCUCGUCAUGUCCUCCGACAGCCCCCUAAAGGCCUCCUUCUCUAUGGCCCCCCUGGCUGCUCCAAGACGCUGUCUGCCCAAGCCAUGGCUACCGAGUCCUCCUUCAACUUCUUCGCUGUCAAGGGUGCCGAGCUCCUCAACAUGUACGUGGGCGAGUCUGAGCGAGCUGUGCGUACGCUUUUCGAGCGCGCGCGCGCUGCUGCCCCCUCCAUCAUCUUCUUUGAUGAGAUUGACUCCAUCGGUGGCUCCCGGACCGGAGGCAAUGGCGCCGCCGCCGCUCGCAGCUCAGGCUCCGUCAACAUGCUGACCACUCUUCUUACGGAGAUGGAUGGCUUUGAGUCCCUCACUGGCGUCCUCGUUCUCGCCGCCACGAACCGCCCCGAGGCUAUGGAUCCAGCCCUCCUUCGUCCCGGCCGCUUUGACCAGAUUCUCUACGUAGGACCCCCUGAUCUCGCCGCCAGACAAGACGUCUUCGGUGUGCACCUACGGGGGCUUGCUCUUGCGCCAGACGUGGAUAUCACUGAACUGGCCCGCAUCACCGAUGGCUAUUCAGGAGCCGAGAUCAAGGCCAUCUGCAACGAGGCCGGGCUGGCAGUGCUUGAUAGGUGUGAUGAAGACGAGACAGGCACCGAGAAGAUGGAGAUUCGAAUGGCAGAUCUAGAGGCUGCGAUCGAAAAGACUCCGAGGAACAUUACGCCCAUGAUGAUUUCUGGCUACGAAAUGUGGUCGAGGCAGUUUAAACGAUCAUGAUG